GUGAGUCAUUCGCGUUGAUAAUAACUCGGUAUUAGCAAAAAAUACAGUCAUACCCUGCGGUCGGCUAGUUGUGAGUGAUAUCUGUUGCUGUUUGGACGUGUCACGCUUUGGAUCAAUCAGAGUUAUUAUAUUUCGGUGCUCAUUUUAGUAAAUAAAGGUCACAAUGAACAUCGCACCAGUUGGACCUCAAACGACGCGGCUCAUUUGCCCGUCGUGCCAAGCCAGUAUCUCCACAAGAGUGGACCACAAGGCGACUACGAAGACCCAUGUCAUCGCCCUGAUCUUAUGUCUAUUCCUAUGCUGGCCUUGCGUCUGCGUUCCCUACUGCACAGAUACCUGUAGGAAUGCUGAUCAUUACUGUCCGAACUGUAACUCUUAUUUGGGUACUUACCAAAGUUAAUUUUACGAUACCUAUAAAGAUUAUUUAUAUAAGCACUAACAACUCAUAGCAAUGCAUGCAAGCUAAACUAAGCUUUUAAAAUUCCUUGUAACCAAAGGUUCAUAUAAAUAAACAUGUUUUCCUCAAGUUCCUACAGUGUAUAAAUAUGAUCGAUUUUCUGUUUGUUUACAUUCAGAUAGAGAAUAAUGAAUUUUGUUUUUUUAAAUGUGAUGAUUUUUUUCUAUUAACUGCGUACAGAUGCGCAGGAGUGUAUUUUUUUACUACGUUUAACACGUUGACACCUGUUCUAAUAUUUCGGUCACAACGCAUUCGCAGUGUGGAAAAACAAGAUUUUAUUUUUUUAAAUGAUAUAAAUUAUAGAAUAUAUUAAUUAGAAUUACUUAUAUAACUUACUAUUCUUAUAACUUAUAUAAGAAUUUUAUAAACUCCGUAGUCUUAUUUACAAUUGCAAAAUUGUUUAUAAGAUCUAUAGAAUUUGAAGAUAAGUUAUUGAAAUGCUGUGGUUUUGUUGGUCACUCACAUUCAAAUAAGUAUCUAUAAUGUUUGUUCGGAAUUGAUAUAAUUAUAAACCAGUUAGUCAUCAUAUUUUUUAAAUGUUAAAGCGAAAUAAUGAUAAGUAAAACUAUAGCAUAAUUUGUCGAGAAAAAUAAUCUGUUUAUAUAUUAAAUGAACAUGUCAAUAUGUUCCGAUAUGUCUCAGAAGCUAGAAAAGUGAUAGUAUAUUUACUACAUAGUAUAUUUACUAUAGAAUUAUUUUAUAGUAAUAUAUAAUACAUGUCCUUAAACAUAAAUAUUUUUUUUCGAAAAAUAAUUUAUUUUAAGAACAUCAAUAUUAGACCUCUUGCAUUUAAUAAAAACAUUUUUAAAUUUGUACAUUCAUGUUAUAUAUUCCUUACUUACGUUAAAUUGCAUUUGAUUUAUUUGUAAUUAGGUAUUCCGUCUUUAAAAAUUGAUAAGUUUUGAAAUAAAAUUAAGUAUUUUUUUU